GAAUAAAGAGUGGUAUAUUAUGAAAUAAAAGAAUAAGAAACCAAUAGCUGAACUUUUGAAGUAAAAAAGAAUAGCUGAAUAAUAAGCAUAACCACCCUUAUAAACAUCUUCACCUCCAUCUCGAUCAUCUUCAUCUUGUUCCUCUAAAUCAUCAAAUCCAUAUGAAUCAAGUAGUGAUGCUGAAGAUUAUGAGGAUUAUAAAAAAGAUGGUUAUCAUCCUGUUAGUAUUGGUGAUAAAUUUCAUAAUGGAAGAUUUUAAGUAAUAUAAAAAUUAGGAUGGGGACACUUUUCAACAGUUUGGUUAGCUCAUGAUAAAUAAUUAUAAACACAUAUUGCAUUAAAAAUAUAGAAAAGCAAAUAAAGUUAUUAAGAAAGUGCAAUUGAUGAAUUAGAACUUUUAAAGUAUUGCAUCCAAAAUAAUAUAGGGAUUUAUAGAAACACUAAAAAGAUGAAAAAUGGAUCUAGUAUCAAGAAUAGUUAUCUUUGAUUCCAAAAUUAGAUUAUACAACUUUAAAAUGGUAUGAUCAAAACAUUAAAAAUACACAAUAAGAUUUGGAUAUUAAAGUUAAAUUGAAUCAAACAUAUUGUGUUGAAAUGGUCGAUAAUUUUAUUCAUUAUGGAAUGCAUGGAAAACAUUAUUGUACAGUCUUCGAAGUUUUAGGACCAUCUUUACUUGAUUUAAUUAUACAUUUUGAUGAUUACGAUAAGUAAAUGGGUAUGUGGUUAGUCAAAUAAAUUACUAGAGAACUUUUAAUUGGAUUAGUAUAUAUGCAUGAAGUAUGUAAUAUUAUACAUACUGAUUUAAAACCUGAAAAUAUUAUGCUUUAAUUAAAACCAUAGCAUUUUGGAUAAUUUGUAGAAGAAAUGAAAAUGGUUAAAAAAAAACCUAUAAGUAUGAAAUUUUUAGAUAAAUUAAAAAAAUCUAUGAAAACAACAAAUAAAAAAUAAGAAAAAAGAAAAAAAUAAAAAUAAAAGAAACUAUAAUAAUAAUAAGAAAAAGAUUAAUAGUAAUAAAAUUAAAUAGAAGAAAAAUAAUCAGAUUAAUAAGAUUAUUAAUAAUAAUAAUAAUAAUAAUAAUAAUAAUAAUAAUAAUAAUAAUAAUAAUAAUAAGAUUAAUAAUAAGAUUAAUAAUAAUAAUAAUAAGAUUAAUAAUAAGAUUAAUAAUAAUAAUAAUAAUAAUAAUAGUAAAUUAUAGAUGAUAAUUAGAAACUUUUAUAAAAUUAAGAAAUAAGUACUAAAAGUAAUUCAAUUAAAUAAAAUAUUUCAGAAGAUUAAUAGUAAUAAAAAUAAAUUACUUAAGAAGAUAUAUAGCUAAAUUCAACAGAUAAUAAAGAAAUUUAAAAUGUUGCUUAAGUUGAAAUAAUAGCAGAAGAGUAAUCUUAAUAAGUAGAUAAUGAUAACACAAAGCAAAAUUAAAUAGAAGAGUAGAAUAAACUUAAUAAAGAUAAUUAAGAUUAAUUUUAAAAGGAAGAAAUUCAUCAUGUUCAUAAACAUAGAAAUUUGUAAAAAGAGAAAGAAAAAGCUUUAAAAGACAAAAAGAAAAGUCAUAGUGAAGAAAAUGAAAAUUCAUCAGAUGAAAAUGAUUAAGAUUGGAAAUCUGAAGAUUAGAGUGAAGAAUCAGAAUCGAAUGAAGUAGAUGAAGAAACUUUAUACACUUUGAAGUAUUAGAUUAUGAUUUAUAAUUAGAUGGAAAGAGCAUAUAAAAAUAAAGUUAGACCGAGAUAUAUCAAUAAAAAUAGUUGAUUUUGGUAAUGCUUGUUGGACUCAUAAACAUUUUACUGAUAAUAUUUAAACUAGAGAGUAUAGAGCACCAGAAGCUAUUUUGGGAAUAGAAUAUGAUACAAGUACAGAUAUCUGGAGUACUGCUUGUAUUGUAUUUGAAUUACUUACAAACGAUUAUUUGUUUAGACCUAGAAAAGGAAAAGGUUUCAAAAAAUCAGAAGAUCAUUUAGCUUAAAUGAUGGAAGUCUUAGGAAGAAUGAAUAAAAAAUGGGCAUUAACUGGUUCGAAUAGUAGAGAUUUCUUUAAUAAAACUGGUUAAUUAAUUAAUAUAAAAGUAUAUAUCUAAUUUUAUUAAGGAAUUACAUCCAACAUCUAUAAGUAAGAUUUUAAUGUCAGAAUAUGGUUUUUCAUAUUAAGAAGCAAAUUAGAUAGAGGAUUUCCUAGUUCCUAUGCUAGAAUUUGAACCAAAAAAAAGAAUAACUGCUAGACAAGCUUUAUAACAUCCUUGGCUUUGGUCUAAAUGAUGUAUUAAAUGUGAU